UGCGACGCGAACAGACUUUGGGACGCUCGGGUCGGGUGAUGUUUCUGAACGCAGUUCGGGAAAAGAUUGGAAGAUUGCUAGAUUGUCGAUUGCACGCUUCACGUAAUAUUGUUGUUGUUAUCGUGUUUAAUGCCAUGAUUAAGAAAUGCUGGAAUAUUAUAAUCGUUCGGAGACAAAUAAUCGAUAGCAACAUUACUUAAUACUUGUUUUAUAACAAUUAUCCUUGCUAUACAAGUGCUUGUACUUAGAGAAGUUACUUGUACGUGGAGAAAUAUCAGAAAGAUCUUUUCGUGUCUUUUUCCCUGUAUACGUCAAAUUGACGUUAUAUAUUGUGUGUAUAUAUAAUUAGGUGGAAAGACGCUCAUUUUUUUGCUAGGUAUAGGACAGAUUGUGUAAAAGGUGUGCCAGAUUGAAAAUUCGAAGACUGAAAAUGGAGAUAGAUGAAUGCUCGGCCGGUGGAGAUAGCGGAGCGGAGGAAGACGAGGAAGAAGCUUCGACGCACGAAUCCAGAACUGACAGCAGUAGUAGUAUGAGCGGUAGUAGUACAACGACAGACAGUGAGCAAGACAGUGGCGAAGAUCAUGCCACAAGCAGCAGCGAGAGCCACAGUUCUGCAGAGGAGGACGAGGACGAAAAUGCAGAGUAUAUGGUGAACAUUGAGAACCCUGAUGAUGUGGGAUGGGAAACCUGCGUUGCUGCCAAUAUUAAAGUAAAACUACCGCAAGAUCUUUGCGAACACUUCAGUAUCUUCAAGGAGAUGCUAGAUUAUCCACGUUUCUGGAACGAAUGGCUUACCGAGAGCCAACGAGAAACCUUGUACAAUCUCUUGCCUACUUUUCCAAAAGACUCCAAUAUAGAGGCGCAAAUGGAAAGAUCAUUGCAAAUGUUAUUUAAUAGAGAAAACGACAGAUUUGGUGUAACGACAUUGGACGCGUUUCAUAAUCAUCUUUCCUCUGGUCACUAUCGUCCUGAUAUCAAAAGAAUACGCGGCUUGGUUCGUAAAGCGCAGAAAAGAAGAUCGUUGUUUGAGGAACGGAAACGAUCGUACGAAUUGGCGAAUCAGUUGCUAAAAUCGCGCGAAAGUUUGUUAUCAAACGCGUACAGACAAGGUUUCAAUCAACCAGUGAACCGAACGGUAUCUAAACUUCAUUGGCGAAAAUCACAACCAAUAAUGGUUGAGGAAAAGACCCAAUUGCGCUAUUUGGAGGAGCUAAACGCAGUUCGGGCGGAGCUCAGGACUAGCAUGAGACUGUCCGCUGAUACGACGUCCGAGAACGAAGAGAAUUAUCCUCAUUAUCAUACAACUGGCGCUAAGCAGAAGAGAAAACGACGUUUUACCAUGAGUCUUCAAGGAUUGUCGGUCAAAGGCCUACAGCUCAAUCAUGAGGAUGACACAAUUCGACCUGUAUUCUCCACCUUGCAGCGAAUGGAGUACGCUUCUAAUAGAUCGUUGUUUGUACGCGAACAAACGGAGGAGACCUAUCGUACUAUGUUAAUCGCACAUAAAAAACGACGUGCCCGUCGUGACCUUCAUCCGGAGCUUAACACCCAAGGAAUUGCGCUCGCCGAUCUCACGCAGAGAUCGCAAAUCGGUCAAAAGCAGAAGCUUACGAUCGGCAAUUCUAUGAAGAUAACGUCCGCUAAGAAGAAAAUCAAGUUGGAACAAAACUCGUGUCUUCUGCCCACGCCAAAACUAGUAAACUCCAAUUCUGUGAAACACGAAAGCGACAACAGCGAUUACUCCCAUACAACGGACGACAAUAGACAAUCCAAUGUCGUAGACGUGGAUUACAGUAAAAUAACUAUGCCUAUCAAGUCGGAACCCGUUGAAGUGUACGAUGUACAAACCAAAAAGAAAAUCAGCCCGGUGACUCAAAGGGUCAGCAAGCCAGCGGUAGCCAAUGUACCAGAGAUAAAAAAGGAAGUCGAAGACAUGGAGUAUGACAAAAUCAAGACUGAAUUAAAUUUGGGCGUGAGCGAGGAUGUGCUAGCUGAGACUGAGGAAGAGGAGGAGAAUGAAUCUAAGAAGGAGCUUGAUUUGGACAGCAUUGACAUGAUGCAGUUACCGAUCCAACUUGAUGACGGAAUUGAUAUACUCGACGACGUCAAGUGUGAAGAUGAGAAAGUCAUAUCGAUACCCGAGACGAAGAUGACUGUGUCGGUCAAUGAAAGUAUUGAUAUUAACAACGGGGCAGAAUUAAUGCAAGAGACCCACACGUGCUUCUUCUCUCUGCUGCGGGACGCUUUUACCUCGAAGGGGGAGUACCGAAUGAGCGCGGCAGAAAUGAAGGAAGCGGUAACGCAGUGGCAAGGCAAUCCCAUCUCUCCUUUGAACGACUGGUAUUCUCUAGUACCCUCGUGGCCUACUUUAGUACCAUUAGCUCUGGGAUUUCUUGCCGGCGAGUUAAUGUAUCCUCAAGAUUUGGAUCAGCGGCAAGAACGAGAUCAAGAGCUUGUACCCUAUCUGGAAAAUAAGGGUCGAGGUGUAUAUGCGUGGAUCGGUGCCGGGAGAGACUCUGAUACCCGAUUGCAGGACUUGUGCACAAAGUUCCUCAUGUACAAAGAUGUAUUGACGUCACCAUACACUGCGACAACUAAUAUUGUAACACCAACAAAGUCGCAACAAUCUCAACUCGCCUCGAGUAAUAACAGCGCGAACAAUAAUGCGAUCGUUACAAGCGGAAUUUUGCAAAGCGGUAGAAGCGGAAGUCCAGCAUUAGAAGCUACUAACGUGGACGCUAGUGCCGCUGGAACAGAUUGGGAGCCACCUCGGCCGCUAUUUCCCACGGAAUGGAAAGUCCGUCCGUCCACGGUAGAAGAACGCGAGGAAUUCCGGAGACAAGAGCGUAUGCGUUACGCUGCGCCUCAUAAAGCAUUUACGUACCGCAUGCAUGGUUACGCGUCCGUAGUCGGCCCCGUCAAAGGAAUUUACCAGCAUAAUGUUGCUUCAGGACAAACCAAGGCUCGAGGACAUUCGUUACUGGUGCCGGAUCGUCCAAACUUCGUAACAAUUUUAGCGCUAGUUAGAGAUGCUACUGCUCGACUUCCCAAUGGCGAAGGAACUCGAGCUGAUAUUUGUCAGUUACUGAAGGAUUCACAGUACAUCAUAGAACAAGACAAUGACGAGAAGGAAGGAUACCUCCAUUCUGUGGUAUCGGGAGCGCUUGAUAGAUUGCAUUACGAAACAGAUCCCUGUGUUAGAUAUUAUCCUCGUCGAAAGGAGUGGCUCUAUCUUCAUCGAGGACGAUCUGAAUCUGAAUUUGAAAUGGUUCACCAACAAUUGCAAGGUAUUGCAAAGAAUAAGAAAAGCGUUGGCAAUACGUCGCGAAAUAAAGUGGUGCAACCAAUCCUGAAGUCAGCCAAUAUAAAUAAAGAACAGUCUUCGAAUACUAAGGAAGUUGUUCUGAAGAAAGAAAGGCGAGUGACAACUAUGCCUACGCAACCCGUUAUUCCUAAGAAAGAGCAGCGUAAAACUGAAGAGAAAAUUAUUCCUGAUCAUCCUAUUCCCCCUGAACAUUCCGUUAAUACUAAUGUAGAAAUGGCAGUUAGCGCAAUAACAUCAGCGAUUUCUACUGCCGAGACUCCUGCGUCCGUUGCGUCGGUCGUGACCUCUUCGGCUCCGAUCACAAAUGUAGCGAGCGCAGAACGAGAUAACACUGCAAUAGACACGAAAUCGCAGCUCGCUCCGAUAACGAUGGUGAAAAAGGCAUCCACCAUCGGAGGGAAACCAAUCGCUGUGCUCAAGACAAACGCUACUCAGAGUCUAUUGCAAUCGAAUCAACACAAUUUUCCGCAUCACCAAAUUCAAGUGUCGACGUCCGCUGGCCUGCAAACCAUUCGUCUGUCUGGACAUUCUGUACUGCAAUCCGCACAGCAAUCCGUUGCAACCAGUAAUAAUUCUAACGUGCUAAACGGAACUGCGGCAAACUUGACGACGAUACUACCAUCUACAAAAGCGCAAAAUCAGCCACAGCAGCAGCCGGCUAUUGUAGCAAAUCAAGCGGGGAAAAGUAUUCUACAAACUACCAAUAUAAAACAACAAUCGCAGCAACAACAACAGCAACACGUGUUACCAGGCAAAACUCUCUUGGCAUCGCAGAUUAAAUUAGUUAGCUCAAGUCAAAUUAAAUCGUUACUCACGAGCCAUGGCCUUCAGGGUCAAACUAUAUUCAUCAAACAAUCCUCACCGUCAAAUAAUCAAUCGCAGCAACAACAAUUACAACAGCAGCAGCAGCAACAACAGCAGCAGCAACAACAGCAAUUGAAGCAACAACAACUCCAGCAGCAACGAGUCGCGGCUAAUCAGCAGCAGCCUAUACAACAAACUCCGGGAAUGCAACGCAUAAUUGCACAAAUCGGAGGGAAACCGAUUGCCGUGCAGAUACAACAAUCGCCUCAUCAUCAUCAACAGCAGCAACAGCAACAAAAGAUACUUGCGAAAGUUUUAACUAACAGCAGCGGGGGGCAGAUUAUUUCUGUUGAGAGUUUGCUAGCGCAGAAAGGAUUGAAAUUGGCUACUGCCACUGGUCACGCUAAUCAGCUUAAUAGGCAAGGCAAGCAGGUCAUACAGGCUCAAUAUCAGGUGGUGCCACAAGCGCAAGCAUCUUCUAGUCAAUCAAAAAUAAUAGCAGUGAGCACGCAACAUCAGCAAUCUCAGCCGCAACAGGCUCCGACUGUCCGAAUGGUUACCGCUCAACUCGCGGGAAAACCCAUUGUGUUAGCGAGCAGUAAUAAAAACGUUGGAGUUGCAGUGAGCACCAGUGGCGGGAACGUAGUAUUAGGCAAGCAGCCAGCCACUCAGCAGCAGCAGCAACAACAGACGCAGCAACCGAUUAUCUUGCCGAGCCAGCUGCUCAACAUCAAAACGUUGCAUGGACUCAAAGUAAUCCCCACGCCAACUGGAUUAAAAACCGCAGGUGGUGCCGUGUACGCUCGAGUUAUCGCUCCUACGACGAUAGCUUCCACACAGGCUACAUCGAAUCAACAGCAGACACUUCAAGCGCAAUCGCCAAGGAACACCUCGUACAACACACCUUGACAGAAUUGAUAUUGUUUACAUAUAUAUGUUUGUACUCGAUUUACUUGGCACCACUUCUUUGACUGUUCAUAUGUUACUCAGAUUAUUAAUUGAAACCUUCGAAGUAAUGUCUCAUUACACACGCACUUGCGUAUACAGAGUGGGCCAUUUUAAUCUAUGCACCCAGAUUUCUUUGUACCUGAGACAGAUACGGAAAAAUGGUUCAGACAAAAGUUGUUCAAGAUAAUGGGGGUCAUCUAUCUGUGUAACUAGCUUUAACCUUGAGAUUACUUUUCAAGGUUAUUUGAAGAUCAAAGUGGUUUUUUUUAAUGGGAACCCCUAUUUUUUUAUUACAUA